AUGUCUAGCGGCCGACCAGUUACUUUGAUCCUUGCCGCGGCAGUGCCGUCGCUGGCUAUUGGUAGGGGCGGGACUUUGCCGUGGAGGCUAGCCAAGGAAAUGAAGUAUUUUCGACAGGUGACGACCAAUGGCAUUGUCAUCAUGGGCCGCAAGACCUGGGAGUCGAUUCCUGCCAAGUUCCGACCGCUGGCCGACAGGACCAAUGUCGUUAUUACUCGUUCUCCAGAGAACCUUCAGCUGCCAGAUUCGGUGCUUGUCGCGUCGUCGCUGGAAGAUGCUCAAUCGAAAGUCGCUCAUCUCGAUGGCAGGUUAUUCGUUAUUGGAGGUGCUCAGUUGUACAAAUCGGCUCUGCAGUUGCCGAGUACUAAACAUGUCCUUCUUACAGAGAUUUCUCAUGAAUUCCCGGACUGCGACGCCUUUUUUGACUACUUUCCAUGGUAUUCUGCUGAGACUGCUACUCCAGAAGGCGCUGAAUGGACUCGUCGCUCGUUCGACCAGCUCAAGGAGUUCCUUGGUGACCAGAUCCAGGAUUUCACAGGUGACGAUGGUAGUGUCGAGGAAAAGGGCAUCCCGUACACAUUCACGCUGUGGAGUAGAGACUAG